AUGGCCGCCAAGGCGUGCGUGGAUGCUCUAUGCACCUACGUGCAAGCACGCCAUGGCUACGUGCGCGUGGCAGAGCUCGAGUCGUUCUACUCUUCGACCAAAGCACGGAAAAAGCUCAAGGCCACUGUCGCCGACGCCGGCGGCAUCGAAGCCUUCAUUGCAGCUCAUGGCGCGUCUGCUGCCUAUCCGCUCGCCGUCGUCGCGCAUGCGAUUCAGUUUGCUGCGACGUCUGAGGCCAUCAAGGCUCUCGGUGAGGCGGCGUUGCCGAACCGCACCACAACAGACAUUGGGUGCUUCUUGGGCGGCUUUCGAAAAGCUCACCCUGCGUAUGGCUUUAUGUGGUCGUCCGCGAAGAUCGCUUCAUGCACCGAGUUCAUCGAGAUACACGGGUGUCUGGGUCAAUUUCAGCUCGUAAUCGUCGGGGACAAGAAGCUGCUCGGCAUCACGUGGACCCAACAACCGGGGUCGCCGCCGCCGACCACAUCGCCUUCAGCAUCGACAACGGCAACGCCGCCAGCUGCGUACAAGUACAUUACGACUGUGCAAGGCGCCAAGCAAGCCUUCGCGGUCCUCAAGCAGUCGGACGUGCUCUUCAUGGACCUCGAAGGCGACUUGGAGGCUGCUGGCAAGAUGUCGCUGCUCCAGGUCUCGUGCCGGUCGGACUGCGUCUACAUUCUCGACGUCUACGUGUGCCCUGCGAUCUUGCGCGAGCCCGAGAUCGUCGCCGUGCUCACGUCCAAGCUCGCUGUCUUGCACGAUGCGCGCCACGACUACACGGGUCUUGCGGGGCAGUUUAACCUCCGUUUGACCAACCUCUUUGACACGCAAGUCGCGCACCAAGUGCUGACGAGUAGCCCCAACACGCUCGUGGGUCUCAACAAGAUUCUGCACCAGUACGCGGGCGCCAUCAACACGCAAAAGGACUCGGUGCAGCAUGGCUUUGGUCUCUGGGACCGCCGCCCGAUCGAAGCCCAGCGCCUCGACUACGCUGCGCAGGACGUCAAGCACCUUCCGGCGGCCUACGCUCGCAUGAAGAGUCUCAUGACAACCGCCAUGUACAACGAGGUGCUUGCCAAGUCGCUCGCUCGGGCGCAGCUUGGCGCUGUGCCCCAAGGUGCCCACGACGCGAUCCGGCGUCUCGGCAAGUACAUUGUGAGUCUCGGCGGGAAGUUGCGAUUUUCCAACAUGGGUGACUACUACACCAAGCACCCGAACGACAAGGGCGUCUUCAAGCCGUCACUUGCAGCGUUCCUCCGAACGCACGGGCCGCAGGCGUCCCCGCCCAUUCUUGUCGACAACGACUUUGCGUGGGUCGAAAACGACUCAAAGCCGCUGACCGUCGCGUCGGUGCUCAAGAUCGUCGGCGGCUUUAUCGCUGAGAACGGCGGUCGCAUCCCGGGGUCGCGCCUAGGCGACCUCUACAAGGAGUACCCAGGUAUCAGCGCAGUCAUAUACGCGAACGGUAGCAAUGCGUCGGGCUUUGUGAAGGACCACGGCGCCUCGGCGACGCCACCGAUUCGCUCCACGGACGGCGAUUUCUUUGUUGGCGGUGCAUCCCACGAGGCGGCGUCGCCCGCCAACGACCCUUCGCCGGCCAAGCUCCUCAAGCUCUACGGCGCCAAGUUUACCGCCGACAAGUAUGGCGUCGAGAUCAAAGACAACAAUGUCUUUCGUCGUGUUGUCGAGACCAAGACGUCGGCGACGCAGCUCUACACCGUAACCAGCCGCGCAACCGAGUCGAUCACGCUGCGCCGCGUCUUCCAAGUCGCGACAUCCAAGGGCAGUACGCCCUUCAAGUUUGGCCCCAAAAUCGGCACCAACAUUGCCUUUGCACCCAACACGACCCUGAACAUUCCGUGCCACUUUUCGCCCAAAGUGCCCGGUCAGUACAAGACGAUCCUCGCGUUCGAGUUUGUGACACGCCACGGCACCGUCUUUUUCAUUGGCCGCGUCGUCGAAGGCGUCAACGCCGUCGAUGCAGGUAUGGACGCAGAGACGCGGGACGCGAUCGCGUCCGCCCCCGUCAAGCGGCAACGACGCAAGAAGCGCACCAAUCUGCAUUUUGUGCCACCGACCGGUGGUGACAAGCACUCGGCCAAGAGCACGAGAUCCAAGCGUAGUGUGCCGUUGGCACCGUAUCCCGUCCCGUCGCCGCUGCCGGUCGUGGAUUUCGAAGGCCCUUUGAGUUUGGUCAACUACCAAGCGCGCUUCCGUCACCUGCUGUUCCACGAAGAGCUCGAGCACCUCCGGCAGCAGGCCGAGUUUGACAUGGACGGUGCGCGCCUCAAGGUCAAGACCCCAGACCUCUACGAGCUCGCCGUGCCUGGCCUCGCCGAAGGCCGGCCGUCGCUCAUGACGGGCGACAAAGUUUGGCUCUCGCGUGGCGCCAAGACGUUCCAGGGCACCGUGUAUGAUGUGCGUCUCGAUGCGAUUUACAUUGCGACGCCGACGUCCUUUCGAAGCGCGUACCAAGCGAGCGCGAGCUUCAACGUCCGCUUCAUCAUGUCGCGGACGCCGAUGCGCGAGAUGCACCAAGGCCUCGCAAGUAUCUCACUGGCGAUGCACGAGACGUUGCUCUUCCCGUCGCCAACGGUGCCGCGCCCCGUUGAAAUCCAGCGGUCGCUGCAGCCAACGCGCUCCAUCAACCCCGAGCAGCACAAGGUCAUCAACGACGUACUCGACCACGUUAUGUCGUCGGCCAAGGUCAAGGCGCCCUACUUGCUCUUUGGGCCGCCAGGCACGGGUAAAACCGUGACGCUUGUCGAGACGAUUGUGCAGCUGCUCCGAGCGAAGCCGGAUGCGAAGAUCCUCGUGUGCGCACCGUCGAACGCGGCGGCCGACAAUGUUGUCGAGCGUCUAGCGUCGCAGCUAACGCGCGCCAAGCUCUUGCGUGCCAUGGCCUUUAGCCGCCGUGAGAAAGGCACGCCGGACGCCGUGCUUCCCUUUACCAAGACCAACGGCGAAGGCGGGUUUACGCCCGUAACGCUGGGCGAUGUCCAGGCGGUCGCCGUCAUCGUCUCGACAAUCGGGUCGGGCGCCAAGCUCUACAACCUCGGUGUCGCCCGUGGGUACUUUAGCUUGAUUGCGAUCGACGAGGCGGCGCAGGCGUCCGAGCCCGAGGUUGUCACGGUGCUGGGUCCGCUGGCUCUGCCGGCGACUGUAGUGGUCCUCGCGGGGGACCCGAAGCAGCUCGGGCCCGUCGUCAAGUCGGCUGUGGCCGCCAAGCAUGGCCUCGGCAUGUCGCUCAUGGAACGACUCAUGGAACGCGAGCUGUACGCGACGUCGCACAAGACAAAGCUGCUGCGCAACUAUCGGUCCCACGACGCCAUUCUGACCGUGCCCAAUGAGCUCUUUUACGAGGGCGAGCUCACGCCGCACGCACCAAAGGCCACGACGCACAACAUGCUGGCGUGGCCGAGUCUGCCCAACGCGGCGGCGCCAAUCCUCUUCCACGGCAUCACGGGCGCCGAAAUGCAAGACGCCGACUCGCCGUCGUGGUACAACUUGUUUGAGCUCCACGCCGUACUGACGUACAUUCAAUCGCUGAAGACGUACCCAGGCUUGCGCCUCGACGAGAUUGGCGUCAUUACGCCGUACGCCAAGCAGCGCCAGAAGAUUCAGAUGGCGCUCCAAAAGCACAAGCUCGAUGGUGUCCUCGUCGGGUCGGUCGAGCAGUUUCAAGGUGGUGAGCGCCGUGUCAUCCUCGUUUCGACCGUGCGCAGCUCGACCGAGUUUUUUGCUGACGACGCCAAAUUUCGCCUUGGGUUCGUGUCGCACCCCAAGCGCUUCAACGUCGCGAUCACGCGGGCGAAAGCCCUCCUCAUCGUCGUCGGUAACCCCGACAUCCUCGAGACGAGCUCGACGUGGGGCCCCUUCUUGGAGCACUGCGUCCGUCUUGGUGCGAUUGCGGGCGCGCCGCCCAGGCACGCGACGGCCAUCAUCAAGGCCGAGCGCGCCAACGACAGCGGCAAUGACAGUGAUGCCGACGAUGACGACGACGACGACGAGUAUGGUGGCAAUGACAGUGAUGACGACGACGACGACUAUGAUAGCGACGAUGACGUGUGCGUCCAGUACGAGAUCAUGAUGGCAGAAGCUGCGGCAGCCCACCGCGCCAACGUGCAAGCCGAAGCAGCGGCCCGGGCGGCCCAGGUGGAAGAAGAGCGAGCGUACCAAGCCCGCUUGCGCGCGUGGGAAGAUGCCCGUGCGCGCGAGCUUGCGCCUCGAGAUCAAGCCCGUCGGCGCGACGUGUACAACGCUGUGAUGGAGCAGCAGUAUCGCGCGCAACUCGAGCACGAAGAGCGCAUGUACCGGAGCGUCCAGGCGCAAGAGCACGCGGCGAUGAUGGCAGCCCAGGAGGCUGCCCGGCAGGCCAAGCACGACGAGUCGACGAGCGGAUGUUCCAUCCAGUAA